CCCCCUCCACUUCUCCCUUUCUCUCUCUCCGUCUCUCUGCAAUUUCACAUCUCCUCCUCUUCUUCUUCUUCUUCGUUUUAUUCCCUUUCUCCAUUGUUUCAGUUUGUUUUCAAGAGAUUAGUUACAGUUGCACAGUGAAGUAGUAGUAGUAGUAGUAGAUUGAGAGAGGGAGAGAGGAUGUCGCUGGGGAAGAGACCGCGCCAGAUGAAGAGGACGACGAGCAUGACGGAGAUCACCUUCGAUCUGAACAUCAACGACGAGGCGGCUGCUACCGCGCCGCCCGGGAGCGGCCAGAAGCCGGCGGGGCACUGCGAGGGGUGGGAUCCGCGGCUGAUGAUGGCCGCCGCGGCCUCCUCGCCGAGGUCCCACCGGCGUCACUCCAGCGAGCUCCUCGACACCGCCCACUUCUUGCGCUCCUGCUCUCUCUGCAAGCGUCGCCUCGUCCCUGGCCGCGAUAUCUACAUGUACAGAGGUGACAGUGCCUUCUGCAGUCUAGAGUGCCGGCAACAGCAGGUGAAGCAGGACGAGAGGAAAGAGAAGUGCUCGUUCGCGUCCAAGAAGGGAGCCAUGGCCUCCUCUCCCGCCUCCUCCGCCGCCAAGGUCUCCGCCAAAGGCGAGACACCGGUGGCCGCCGUGUAGCCGCCCCCGCCCUCCUCCUAUGCUGGCCCCCGCAGCUUUCCGAGACGACGAUUUUUUUUUUUGGGUCUGCGCCGCUCGUGCACACAGUACCCUGGGAGUUCCAUGAAUACACAUCUAAGGAGCCAGAAAUAUUUU